AUGGAAGAGUUCUUGAUAGAAAAUCAAUGGGAGAGGAUCUGUAAUGGGCUAUUAGAGGAGGUUGGGGAGCAAGUUUUGGGGUCAUCCUUCCCUGGAAGACUUACUGAUAACAAGACUGUAGACACUCCCAUUGAAGUUAACGCAAGAUACUCUUCUUCUGAUGGGUUAUCUUUGGUAGAUCCUACUUUAUACCGUACUAUUAUUGGGAGCUUGGUAUAUCUCAUCAUUACUCGUCCGGAUAUUGCAUAUGUUGUUCAUAUUAGUCUUUUACUUUCAUCCACCUCUUCCUUGGAGCUGUAUGGAUACUCUGAUGCUGAUCAUGGCAGUGAUCCCACAGAUCACAAGUCUGUUACUGGGUUCUGCACGAACGCCUUGCAAGAUAACAGUGCUGGGGUUGACGCUGGGGCGACAGUUAGUGAAUUGUAUUAUAGGGUUGAUGAGAAAAAUCCUGUGCAUGGAUUUCCAGCAGGAAUUUGUCCUGCAGUUGGUGUUGGUGGGCAUUUGUGUGGAGGCGGGUUCGGUACCAUGUUGAGAAAAUAUAGCCUAGCUUCUGACCAUAUUCUUGAUGCUCACAUAGUUGAUGUGAAUGGAAGAGUUCUUGAUAGAAAAUCAAUGGGAGAGGAUCUAGAUGAUUCACUUCAGCCUAUGAGUGUGAGGUUAGAUAUAAAGAUUUAUUCAUAUUGGAGUUAUGUAAUGAGAAAUUUCCUUAAGAAUAAGAAGAUGUGGGGGUAUGUUAGUGGAACUUAUAUGAUACCUAAAAAUACUGAGGAGGGGGAUGUUGUUUUAAUAGAUACAUGGGAAGCAAACAAUGCAAAGAUCAUUACUUGGAUCAACAAUUAUGUUGAGCAUUCGAUAAGUACGCAUUUGGCGAAGUAUGAGACAGCAAUGAAGGAUUUUGAUAUUCUUGAGUGGGCUAGACUUACUGAUAACAAGACUGUAGACACUCCCAUUGAAGUUAACGCAAGGUACUUUUCUUCUGAUGGUUUACCUUUCGUGGAUCCUACUUUAUACCGUAAUAUUGUUAGGAGCUUGGGUACAGUUUUUCAGAGUCUUUUACUUCUAUCCACCUCUUUCUUGGAGCUGCGUGCAUACUCUGGUGUUGAUCAUAUAGUGAUCCCACAAAUCGCAAGGUACCCUAAAGAGGAAACUAUAGAAGCCCUUAUAAAUAUAGCAGAUUUUAUUGAGCACCCUAUAGCAGAACCUGUUUUGAAAAAGUUAUGGAACUGGUGUUUGGAAGAGGAGAAGCCAAUAUUAAUCAGGGACGGAAGAAUGGAGGAAAUAUCCGAAUCAGAAACUUCAUUUCCAUAUAGAGAAGCUAAGUUAGGAAAAAUGAAUCACAUUGUUCUUGUUUCUCUUUUGCUUUCAGUUUCAUGGGCAACUUGUAGUAGUAAAAUCCAUGAAAACUUCAUACAAUGCAUGUCAACUGAGUUCAAUGCCUAUACUAAAUCCUUUCAAACCAUAUUCACUCCUCAAUCCCCUUUGUAUUCAUAUAUCUUGCAAUCAUCUAAACAAAAUUUGAGAUGGUUGAACUCAACAUCAAAGCCUCAUCUCAUCAUUACUCCAUUUCAUGAGUCUGAAAUCCAGGCAGUAAUUCUUUGUAGCAAGAAGCAAGGGUUACAAGUUAGAGUUCGAAGCGGUGGCCAUGACUAUGAAGGUUUAUCUUUUCUAUGCAAGACACCAUUCAUCAUCAUUGAUCUUGUCAAUCUUAGAGGGAUUGAGAUUGAUAUUGAAGAUGAAACAGCAUGGGUUCAAACUGGUGCAACACUUGGUGAGCUUUAUUAUGCUAUUGCAAAGAAAAGUAGAGUUCAUGGAUUCCCAGCAGGAUUAUGCCCUACUGUAGGUGUUGGUGGACACUUUACUGGAGGUGGGUUUGGUAUCUUGUUAAGGAAAUAUGGCCUUGCUGCAGAUAAUGUCAUUGAUGCUUACUUGAUUGAUGUGAAUGGGAGGAUUCUUGAUAGACAAGGCAUGGGAGAAGACUUGUUUUGGGCUAUUCGAGGGGGUGGUGGAGCAAGCUUUGGAAUCAUACUGUCAUGGAAGAUCAAGCUGAUUCAGGUUCCACCAACUGUGACUGUAUUCACUGUGCCAAAAACUAUUGAACAAGGUGCCACCAAGCUUGUCCAUAGGUGGCAAUACAUUGCAGGUAAACUACACGAAGAUCUCUUCAUCAGAAUCGUCAUUCAGAAUGUUGGAGGAGAGAGUACUUCAAGCAAGAAGACAGUGGAAGCUUCCUUCAACUCACUGUUUCUUGGAGGCAUCGACAGACUAAUCACCUUGAUGAAUGACAGUUUCCCUGAGUUGGGAUUGGUACCUGAAAAUUGCACAGAAAUGAGUUGGAUUGAGUCUGCAGUCUAUUUUGCUGGAUUUCAGAAGGGAAGCCCUUUAGAGGUCUUACUUGACAAGACUCAACUAUACAAAGCCAAAUUCAAGGCAAAAUCUGACUUUGUAACAGAACCCAUACCUGAAUUUGGACUUGAAGGAAUAUGGGAAAGGUUCUUAGAGGAAGGGCUAGUGUUCAUGAUAAUGGACCCUUUCGGUGGAAGAAUGAAUGAGAUUCAAGAAUCUCAUAUUCCUUUCCCUCACAGGGAAGGAAAUUUGUACAACAUUCAAUACCUGGUGAAGUGGGAUGAGGAUGAGGCUAGAGCAACACACAAGCAUGUAAAUUGGAUCAAGAUGCUAUAUAGGUACAUGAAACCAUAUGUUUCCAGAUCCCCAAGGGCUGCGUAUCUUAAUUAUAGAGAUCUUGACUUAGGCAUUAACAAGCAUGCAAACACAAGUUAUUCUGAGGCUAGGGAUUGGGGUAUGAAGUAUUUCAAGGGCAAUUUCAAGAGAUUGGUUCAGGUGAAAAGCAAGGUUGACUCUGACAAUUUCUUCAGAAGCGAACAAAGUAUUCCAAGCAUCCAUACAUAA